AUGAAGUCUAUGUUCAAGUAUGGAGCAGAAGUGAAUGACGCGGUCGAUGACGAUUUUUCUUCUUUGAAACAGAACCUUAACAGCAUGAUGGACCUUUCCAACUGGACGAAGUUUAAAUCCAACAAGGGGAACGAGCACCCGGAACAGGACAACAACAUUGGAGUUGGAAACCAGCCGGGCAGUGCCUUCCUCCACCAGCAGCCCAUGGCCAUGGCGGACGGUUCGGAUUCAAUUCCCGCCGCCAUCCCCGCCCCGCAGGGGAUCAGCUUUCCGCAGACAACAGGCGGGCAUUUUCACCCGGGCGGGAUCGCGGCCGGGCAGCCCGGGUCGUUGCUCAGCGGCGCCGCGGCUCCCGGUGUCGUGAGUGGCGCCGGGCCGCUGACAAAGGGAGCGAAUUUUACGGGCAUCACGUACCAGGCGAAUUUGCGCGAGUUUCAACCCAACCACCGACUCGAUGACUUGGGCAGGAAUGUGGUCGGGGCGGCGGGGGGAGGGGGUGCCCUACCCGGAGUGGGAACCGCGCCGCCAGCGACGUACAAAGGACCCAUGGGACUGUCGAUGCCGGUGCUGAAGCCAGUGCAGGGGUUGACGGGUAAUGCUUGCCAUGGGAUGUUGACACAGCGAAAUCAACAUCAAGAGCACUUUCUGCCGUAGUUGCUGCAAAUGCAAAUGCGUAUGCAUCUGGGUAACUCUACCGUGCAUCUACAUGCAAAAAUGAAAAUCAAUACCAGGUCCUGCCGCUGCUCCCGGAGUCAUUCUUCCGCAAACCGGCGCACUGGGAAUGCCAGCAGUGUCCUCUGGGCAAUUGCCACCAGAACCACCCCUCCCUACCGAAGAGGAUACCGAGAUGGCUCAUUUGAAGGCGGUGAGAAGGAGAUGCGGACUGAAUCUGGUACUUACACUUAGGAUAAAUAAAUUCCAUAUCCAGAUGUUUCGUUAUACAUAUUAUGGAAGACGACACGGAAAUCGAUGUCCAUCGCACUCUCUACCGCGACCUGCUGUGAGCAUGAAAAAUGGAAGCAUUUUCGCGAUACACGUUGACCCAGGUCCCCGCCGCGGUCGCUGUUCAGACCUUUCGACAAAUGGCCCGGGAGAAGAGGUUAGACAACAACACCUUCCGCCAGGGGUAUACUGAGGUCCUCGCAAAGUGCCGGAUGGAGCCCCCGCCACCAAACACAAUGGACGAAGUUUUCAAGAUCUUCGACAAAGACCACAAUGGCGUUGUCGACCCACUUGAAUUGUGCUGCGGUACUAGUGCUUAGCGAACGGGCUGGUUUUGAUGCAUCAUCCGGUCUGUCAUCUGUGACUGUGUAUUCUGCCAGCGCAUGACAAAAGCAAAACUCUGUUUAAAUACGAAGUGUGGCUGUUGACAUUACUUGACUCCAGGUAUCGCUCUCUUCUGCCAGGGAACGGAGGAGGACAAAAUCCAUGCAAUUUUCGACUGUUUCGAUGACGAGGGCGUUUUGACCAACGACGAGCUCUGGACCGUUUUGACCGCAAUUUACAAGGUGGUCCUGACGCCGAGCGUGUUACAGGCGAUGAAAAACCUCGGAUACGACAUCGACGGCGCAGAAGAUUUGGCCAGCGUGACCACGCUGGAGUGCUUCAAACAGGCGGAGGUGAACGCGGAGGGGAAAAUGAACGUGGAAGACUUCAAGGCGUGGUUUUACGCCCCGAAAAACGAUCCGAACUUCAUGUACGACGUGGGCAGGCUGUUGCAGUGAGCGACGUGGAUGAUUUUGUGGUGAAGCUUUGACUUCAUCAGUACUGGUCGGAUGAAGUGACAUGGAUGAUAUUGCGAUUCAUCACAGACAUGCGAACGUUUGUUUCGGAAAGAUAGAGCAACACGAAGAAGACAUGUAGAUGCACAGAUGAACUCUUUUAGUUUUAUCUUUCAAGUACUGCAAUCUAUGCUGACGCCCCUCUAGCUUGUCGUGAAGGAAAGCCUAUAAGCUGGCGCACUGAUUUUGAAAGCGUCGCGCGUCAUUCAUCUCCGCUAGGAACUAAAAUCCAAGAUACAGAUGACAGCGAGCAGGUGCAUGGACGCAUCGCACGUUUUUGAUUCUAGUACGAAAA